CCUGCCGAGACAACAAAUCAAUUUGUAUUUUCCGACUUCCUCAGCCAGUGUUCUAAAAGCAGCUCCUACCUGCCUGUCCUUCUUUAAACCUCUGAACGAUUACCCAGACAGAGAGAGCGAUAUGGAGGAUUAUUUCAGGACGGAGGGGAUAACAUGUAAAACUUCACUCCCAGGACCAGUCAGUGAGUGGUAACCUAUCAGCAGUAACGGUGGGGUCUGUCAGGUACCUGAGAGGUCACAGAGAGCGUGGAGCUGGAUGUAUGAGACAGCUUCAUGGGCGUGAAGAACCAUCUGGAGGAUGGAAAAGGCCACAUCCUCAGCCUGGGGCUGGAUCUGGACUACCUCCAUGUGGAAGGUGCUGAGCGGCAAUCCAGUUUGAGCAUUGUGACUGGUAAUAUAGGCGUCUUACAGGUUGGAUCUGGAUCCCUGAAUAACAGCAGUAACAGUAUUGGUAGCACUAGUUUUAGUACUCAUUCAAACUACAGCAGCAGUAGCAGUUGCAGUAACUUCUCUGAGGAGGGUGCUGUCUCAGACAGUGAAGAUGAACGGCUACAGAAUGGGUCUGGUGUUGAACCUCAAAACCUUAUGCAAAAUCAGCCAUCUCACCUUCACCAUAAAGAAUCCCCCUCAGUCUCACAGAUGGUCAGGCUGGACCUGGCACCAAAACAGUCCUUUGAAGACCCUGCACAGCCAGAAACAUCACCCACUAAUCCCGCAACAGACUACCGCAAUAAAGUAGAAUUUGCUCUGAAACUAGGCUACCCUGAGGAGCUGGUGCUACUAGUGCUGAGGAAACUCGGCCCAGAUGCACUCAUCAAUGAUGUGCUGGGUGAGCUGGUCAAACUUGGAACCAAGACGACAAUGGAGCAACAAGGAGGAUCAAUUGUCUCCCAGUUUUCCUCCUCCUCUUCCUCUUUGGACUGCUCCUCCUCUUCCUCCAACUCUUCGCUGGACUCCUGUCGACAGCUGUGUCCUUCCCAUCUACUUGAAGACAAAGAAAACAUUCGUCCUGUUGUGGUGGAUGGGAGCAACGUAGCCAUGAGUCACGGAAAUAAGGAAGUAUUUUCCUGUCAAGGCAUCCAGUUGGCUGUUGAUUGGUUCUUGGAGCGAGGUCACCGUGACAUCACUGUUUUUGUCCCUGCCUGGAGAAAAGAGCAGUCAAGACCUGAUGCUCUGAUCACAGACCAAGAGAUCUUACGGCGACUAGAGAAAGACAAGGUCCUGGUGUUCACUCCAUCACGCCGUGUGCAAGGUCGCCGUGUGGUUUGCUAUGAUGAUCGCUUUAUCGUCAAACUAGCUUACGAGUCAGAUGGCAUCAUUGUUUCCAAUGACAACUACCGUGACCUAGCCAAUGAGAAACCAGAGUGGAAGAAAUUCAUUGAUGAGCGUCUACUGAUGUACUCCUUUGUAAAUGACAAGUUCAUGCCACCAGAUGACCCACUGGGUCGCCAUGGACCAAGUCUGGAGAACUUCCUUAGGAAGAGGCCUGUUAUUCCAGAGCACAGGAAGCAGCCAUGUCCUUAUGGAAAGAAGUGCACAUAUGGCCACAAGUGCAAGUUUUAUCACCCUGAGAGAGGUACUCAGCCACAGCGGGCAGUGGCUGAUGAGCUCCGUGCUAGUGCCAAAAUGUCAUCAGUAGCUUCCAGAGGCCUGCAGGAAGAUUCCUUAAUGGCAAAGAGCCAAAGUUCUGGUCAACAAGAAAGAAUGGCUGAGGCUGAGCCAAGUCAGAACACUCCAAAGAAACAUCCAUACCCCAGUCCACGCUUCUCCUUUAAUGAUCUCCUUGAGGACAGGCUUAGGAUCCAGUCUAAAACUGAAGGUCGACGGGGAAGCAACUGCAGCAGUAGUAGUAGCUGUAGCAGCAGCUUUCAAGGGCAACAUGCCCCAGGUGGACCCCCUUCUUCAGGAGGUCUUGAGCGAUGGGAGCACUCUGGGAUUAGUGAAGGAGGUUACUCAAGGUUUUCUGGAGCCUCAGGACCAAGUUUUGGUGACACUCAUCACCGAUGUGAGUCUCCAGACCUGGGCUACAGCUCAUUGAUAAAGUCCUAUUCUGGCCUCAGUCUGGUGGUGCCAAAUAGUCCUGAAUGCUUCUUCCCUGCUGACCUACGAGCUGCAUCACUGGUAUCAGACUGUAGCAGUGAAGGCAGUGUCAGCUCAGACUCAUUCUCCCCCGACCCCUUGUUAGAUGAAUGCUCAAAGUGCCAUCAUCACCAACAGCAUCCUCACCACCAUCAUCACUGUCCUGGCCAGUAUGCUCACCCUGUAAACCGUGUUCCUCCUGGACUGGGCCACCAUGUCUCUCAAGGCUUUCAAGUUCCACCGCGGAGACAACAUGGUUUUGGCUUGGAGGACCCGGCAAUAUCUGUUACCUCUCAUGCAUCUCCACGGCCCUUCAAGAUCCCUUCUGCCUACAUCUCUAGCCAACCUCAACAUCCCCUGCUGAGUAGUUUCCCUGAGGAAUUCCCAGUUUGUCCACCCCAAACAUCCACUGCUCACUCCUUCUCUCAGAGCUCCCCACUUAGACGCAAUCUUAUGGGCUCUCUUUGGCAGGAAGGUGGGCUCCAGGACUCCCAAGUGUACAAAGGGUCACCAAUUAUUUCAAGAAGAAAUCAUUUAGGAAUAAACCAACAACCACAGUAUCAGCAAAACUGGGAUCCCCAUUACCAGCAGUCCCCUAAGCCUAGCUUUGAUCCGUUUACCUUCAAGAGCAUUCCACAAGUCCAAGAGAGGGCUUGGCACUCUCCUUGGGAAAGACAAGUUCAUUCUACACCCCAUGGCCUCUCAUCAUCAAGCCUACCAUCACUCCCACUGCUGUCUCUGCCAUCCAUCUCUUCCCACAAAAGCCCCCUGCCCCCAGUACCCCAGCACCAAGAGCCCCCUGCCUUGGGUCGAUACCAGGACGUAAGGGAGAAGGUGUUUCUAAACUUGUGCCGCAUCUUCCCUUCAGAUUUAGUGAGGAUGGUGAUGACCAGAAACCCUCAUGUUAUGGAUCCUCAGGAGCUUGCAGCUGCAAUUUUGAUGGAGAAAUCACAACACUGUUCUUGAGUAAAGCUAGAUGAUGAAGUAACGGCUUCAUCUUUAUUGGAAUCACAGCUGCAGGUAUUUUUCCUUGCAACCAUCUUAAUUAUUGAAGUAAGGUUUGAUGUACACAAACCAAAAGCCUUCAACCGUUAAUGGAAUGCUUAUUUUCAUUGCAGGUAUGUUGGCCCAUUAAUUUUAGUAGGUAACUUUUGGAGGGAAAUUGCCAUAUUUUUCUUUAAUUAUGCUGGCUCUUUUCUGCACUUACGAUCAAGAAUAAGCAUUAUUUAGCUUAUGUUUAUGGAGGCUUUAAUGUGUUUCAAGGGUGAAAGUGUUGUUCAUGUUAAAUUAAAUUAUUUUUAUAUUUUUAAGUUAUUAACAUGUAUUUUAAAAUUAUUGUUUUUGGCACUUUUUCGUUAUAGUUGUGGUUCCUCCUCAUCUUUUUCCAGCAAUCAUGUCAGGGUGUAGGUAAAGCCCUUUUUUUUUUUUUUUUUUCAAAUCAUUGUCAAAUAGCUGUUUUCCAGUCACUGAGAUAACAUAUUAUCGUAAACAUUUCACUGCUACAGUGCGAAUACAUUCCUGCCGAUUUUACUUCUUGAUUUAGCUCAGCAAACAGAUCUUUCUAUGAAGACAGGUGGCCGAUCAUUAGCUGCGGUGAGACUCUUUGGAUUUCCCCAAUAGGGAAGUGAAACUCAGACAAUACCCACAAAAGACGACGGCAAAAACUCCACUCAAAAACCCCAAAGGCGGUUUUUCACUUUUAAAUUUGAGUAAAUUUCCUCUGGUAGGAUUGCCUUGACAGCUGACUUCAUGGUUCUUCACUUUUCUGUACAGAUUUGUUUACAAAAUUAAACCAUAUUAAAACUAGAACACAUGUAUCUCUUAAGAGCAUGGUCACCAGAAUGAUCAAGGUGGAACGAAGACUGAUGAUAUUAGUUUGACAUUAAUUUAAGAUUUGUGUUAAUUUAUUUCCCUUUUUAUUUGUGUGAAUGUCUGUUAUACACGAGGCACAGGGUCUCCAUAGUCAGUCUGGGGUUAAACUGCCCCCUAAAUAGACUGGUAUGAGCUGGUAAACAUCUCAAUAUCAAAAAGUUCCCAACAGAGUAAGUCCUCAUACACUGCUAAUGUUAUGAGAACAGUUGGAAACGUAAUAGCUGGUGGUAUUCUGUUCUAAAAAAAACCUUUCCCAGAAGCUCAAAUAAUCUCAUUAGUCAAGUCAGAAUUCAGUGACGUAGUAAAGAAACAUCAAAAUAUCAAGACAAAAUUAUAUUUAAUAAUGUGUAUUUCUAAUGAAUGUAAUGGGACUUGGAAAACAGAUCUACCUAGACAACAAGCGAAUCCCCAAAUACACUCCUUCAAAUUUCUUCUUUCAGACAAUAAGUCAUCAUCAUAAUUGAAAUCGUGUUAAUUUUGUCAAACUUUCACCUUUUGCUUUUUGCCUGCUUUUCUCUAUGAAACAAUUUGAACAGUCAAUUUCUCUAAAUGUAAAGCACUUUGAACUGCAUUAUUGUAUGAAAUAAUAAUAUUGUUAUUUUGGUGAUUUCCACCAAUGGGAUUAUUUUUGGAGGUCUGAGGAACCGUUUUUAACUUGCCUGGUUAACAUAAUAUCUUCUAGCCAGAUUACACCUCUCUUUGUUGAUACAAAUUGUAUCAUAUAAACUUUUUAAACAAGAUUAUCGUUUGAUAUGAGAAUAGCAACACAAAGAAUGUUGAAUAUGAGUAUCUGUGGCAAACUUUGCCACCUUUGGAUUUUUAGUCUAUAUUUAUACAAUGGGGCUUUCUACCUUUUCUGUCCAAGGUGCAGGCAGGAGAAGGUCUCAUGAUAUUGUUAGUGUUUAUGUUGUCAGUGAACUGUAAGCAUGGUACUGUGUAGCCCCCCCCCCCAAAAAAAGUUAAACCUAAACAAGGGUUGAUGUUGACUCAGCCCAAGCUAGUCUAGAGGCAUAUAUGGCACUGAGAAGUACUGUCUUUUAUUAUUCAAUGUUACUUAUGAGACAUUUAUGACCUUGUUUGUCUCCUGAGUAUUCCUGAACGCUUUCGGAUUGUGAUUGUGAGGGGUUCGAAUUAAAAGCUCAGCUGGAAACUGAGCUGUUCACAAAUUUGUGCUGCAGGCUCAAAAACUAUCCUGACGCCUUCCCCAGACGUCUAGAAUUGCAACGUCUUCCUCUUCAUUGUCUCAAAGCUGUCUUACUUGAAAAGCUUUUACUCAAGGGCUUAACUUUAACCUGAAAAGCGUUGUCUCAGGAACAAGUCCUCAGGAUCCCUGUCAGUGCCAUCAAACAGUUGAAAAGUCUGUUCAAAUAUUUGUUCUUGUGCUACUAUGUGAUUUCUUAAGAAGUUAUGCUCUCGCCUUGCUUCUCGGGCUGGCACUGUGUGCUACUGUUUGCUGCAGGGUUGAGACACUAUGACGUAAUAUAACAGGCUCCUCUAGGGUUUUCAUUAACAUUCCUGUGGAUAUUUAAACCCUUGUUUAGUGAAUGUGGGCAGAAGAAUAUUUUUGUAUGAUGAAUUGUUUAAGAGCUAUUUUUCAAAUGAUACACAAUGACUUUUUGCAAGAAGAGAUUGUAGUCAGAAUCAAUGUUGCUGAGAAGAGGGAGGUACACGAUGCUUAACUGUGCCAAUGUUGUUGUUUGACAGUGUUUCACUUGAAUAUGAUCAAGUAGGCCUGGGCGAUAUGACUGAAAAUGUUAUCACGCAAAAAUAAAAUAGCCAAAAUAUCUCCAAACUCCUGAAGUUGAGUGGCCUUUCUUGUCAUCUUGUAGUCGACGUUUUCUCCCUGCUUUGAGCUGGGAGGCUCAGCGUUUUCUUCAGUGUCGCUGUCGCUCAUUUCGGCUGUGUUUCCAUUCCGCUCCAAACGUCUGUAAGCCCGCCCACACAUAUCCCUGCGACAUGAUUGGCUGUUUGUCGUCUUUUUCGUCUUCUCGCCAUUAUCGGGUGGCAGCUAGCAUUUAGGGCGCAUUACGGCCCCCCGUUUCCCAGUGGUUGGAUGGUGUAAUUACAGGUCAAACUUUUAUCGGACAAUUGUUAUAUUUAUAUUUAGACAAAUUUUAUCACGAUACUUACUGUUAUCGUUUUAUCGCCCAGGCCUAUGAUCAAGCAGUUCUCUUGUGAUGUAAUUCUGCUGCCUUAAUUUGCUGUGAGUUCAGUCCGAACACGCCUUCAAGAAUUCAUGGUCGUGUCUUGACAGAUUAUUUUUUAACUCGUUGUGUCGACUACACUAGCUAUUUUAUUCAAUGAAAGAAAAGUAAUGAAUGAUGUCCCUGUUGUUAUUCUCACCGUUAUUUUUAAUGUGCUGUCCUUUCAGCUUAAUUUCUGCAAUAAAACAAAAUGAAUGGCCAGUUACCCAGGGACCAAAUCCAAAUAAAAGGUUAUUGAUUUAAUGUCUCUGUGUUCCCUCUCUCGUGACAGUGGUGGUAAUAUAAAACCAAAAGGCUGCUGUUUCAAUGUGUGUCCUACUGGCAGACGAAGAGUUUCAUACCAAAAUCCCAAAGCAGUCAAAAGCACAUUCUUUUUUAAGCAUACCGUGCAAUACGACCAAAAGGUAUUGCUUUAAGAUGAUUUGGAAAUUGAAGUUGUACUUUUCAAAGGAAAAAAUAAAAUAAAAACAAGGUAGAGUGCAAUGAAAUGCUUUACAACAAGACUUCCUUAAAUGUCUUUUUUUAUCUUAUUAUUUUUCAAAACUUUUUGGCGUAGAUCUCUUCAGAUGUUUGAGACACAGGUCAGUGGAGCCAUAUCAAGCUUUCAGCAAUGGAACCCAAAACUAAAGCCCAAAACUUAGCUGUCAUACCUACAGAACCUGGGAAAAACUGUGAGACAUAUUGACUGUUAUUGUGUGUUAAUUAAAAGUGAACAAUAAAAAAAAAAAACUAUUCAAGCUUU